AUGUUUGAAGAUAAAAUGGCAGAGUUCCAGGCUGAGUUAAAUCAGACGGCUUCUACUGCUCGUAAGAGUCCCACCAUUGCUGCUCUCAACACGGACUUCAUCAACUGUAAAGUUUUUGUGUGCAACGGUCUAUCAGUGCUGCGUAGUGAAAUUGAUGCUCUACGUAAUAAUGUUGAUCGUAUCGAGACGCAGUUACGGAGCAAAAUACUACUCUUACAUGGAGUUAUCGAGCAACCAGGUGUGAUUACAUGCUCUAGGGUAGUCUCGGUCCUUGCUACUAAAUGUAAGGUACCCUCGCUUACCACUAACAGCAUAACCGCUAGUUAUAGGAUGGGUAAAGCAUCAAAAGCUAGUACUAAGCCAUGGCCUAUUGUUCUUUAA